AUGAUCUAUCUCUCGGUCUCGGCUACAGCGGUCAGUUCUGUGCUCAUCCAGAUAAAGAACGGUGCUGAGCACCCAGUGCAUUACGUCAGCAAAGCGUUACAGGACGCCGAGGUUCGGUACCCAGACAUCGAGAAAUUGGCAUUCGCCCUGGUGGUUUCGGCUCGGCGCCUCAGGCCGUACUUUCAGGCUCAUACCAUUAAUGUCUUAACCAAUCAACCACUUCGGCAAGUGUUGCAGAAGCCGGAGACUUCUGGGAGGCUAGUCAAGUGGGCCAUUGAGCUUGGCGAAUUUGAUAUCCACUACAAACCCCGCCCAGCCACGAAGGGCCAGGCCGUGGCUGACUUUAUAUCUGAAUUCACCGAACCCCAUGCCGUGGCCAGUCCACAGAUCACGAUGGAGCCCACUCCCACCCCGAGCCAGGUCCACGUCGCCAGCAACGGCACCCUAGACUUAACACAGCCCUUAUGGACUUUGUAUGUGGAUGGCUCUUCCAACGCCCAGGGAUGCGGAGCUGGCCUUGUUCUCAUCUCUCCAGACAAGGCUGUCCUGGAGUACGCCCUUCGCUUCCAAUUCCACGCCUCCAACAAUGAGGCCGAAUACGAAGCACUCUUAGCUGGCCUCCGGUUAGCCAAGGAGAUGGGCGCUAGGCAAAUUCAGAUUUUCAGCGACUCACAGCUCGUUGUACACCAAGUCAACCAGGACUUCACUGCCAAGGACGUGUCCAUGACAGCCUACCUCCAACAUACCCGCCAUUUGCUUGCAACCUUCAACGCUUACCUCAUAAACCAGGUACCACGCUCAGAGAAUAGCCACGCCGAUGCCCUAGCUAGACUAGCCUCAGCCAUAGAGCAGGGCCUUGGCCGCAAUAUCCACAUGGAAAUCUUGGAUCAGCCAACCACGCAUGCACCACUUAUCUGCGCCAUCGAUCACAGCCCAACAUGGAUGGACCCCAUCCUCCAAUUUUUGCAGAACCAUACUCUACCCGCUGACCCUGCUGAGGCGCGGCGUGUUCGCUAUCGCUCCGCCCGAUACCUGAUCAUUAUUGGCGCCCUGUACAAGCGCGGAUUCAGCUUACCCUACCUUCGGUGCCUGACCCCAGAGGAAGGCCACUAUGUCCUCCGGGAAAUCCACGAAGGCAUCUGUGGUAGUCAUUCAGGCGCCCGCUCACUUGCGCAUAAGGCCAUUAGGCAAGGAUACUUCUGGCCCUCACUUCACACUGAUGCCCAAGCCUUCACCCAGAAGUGCGACAAGUGUCAGCGGUUUGCCAAUAUCCCUCAACUCCCAGCUGAACCUUUAACAGCCAUGGUCAGUCCUUGGCCAUUCGCCCAGUGGGGACUUGACCUCAUCGGACCUAUGCCCGAGGGCAAAGGCCAGGUUAAGUACGCAGUCGUGGCCGUCGACUACUUCACUAAGUGGGCUGAAGCUGAGGCCCUGGCCACCAUCACUGCGGCUCGCAUUGAGACGUUUGUUUGGCAAAAUAUCGUGUGCCGCUUCGGCAUCCCCCACGCCAUCGUCACGGACAACGGCCGGCAAUUUGACAACGCAAAAUUUAGGCAGUUUUGUUCCAACCUCAAGAUAAAACUUUGCUUCGCUUCUCCAGCCCAUCCUCAGUCCAAUGGCCAGGUCGAAGCCGUGAACAAAAUUAUCAAGAAGACCCUGAAGACCAAGCUUGACAAAGCCAAGGGUUGCUGGCCAGAGCUACUCCCAGAGGUUCUUUGGGCUUACCGCACCACCUUUCGUACCUCAACGGGAGAAACACCGUUUUCCCUUUCCUUUGGUACCGAAGCGGUGGCACCAGUGGAGAUUGGCCAGCCAACAUACCGAACCUCCACUUACGAGGCCGAGGCUAAUAACGAGCAGCUGGCCCUCAACCUCGACUUCAUUAACGAGCUUCGUGACCAGUCCAACAUGCGCAACGUCGCAUACAAGCAGCGUAUUGCCAAGUACUACAACUCCAGAGUUAAACCUCGAGCUUUCACAACUGGGGACUGGGUCAUGCGCAAGGUUUCCUUAGCCACUAAGAAUCCUAAUGAGGGUACCCUGGGCCCUACGUGGGAAGGUCCAUAUGAGAUCACCAAGGUUUGCCGCCCCGGGACUUAUCAGCUUCGGGACCACAAGGGCAAAACGUUGCCUCACCCUUGGAACGCUGACCAUCUCAAGUGCUACUACAAGUAA